UUUGUUGUUGUCUUAUUUUAGUCUGUGUUUCAUUCUUCGUCGCUAAGGGGCAUUGGGAGCUGAUUUGCUUGCAAACUGUAAACAAAUCGCCAAAAAACUGUUAAAUUCAUUCAAAUUAUCGACCAUUGAUAGUGGAAGACGUGGGUUAUGUCGUAUUCAAAUAUAUUUCGUGACUACUUCAGUUAAUAAACAAGUUAUUCGGGUCCGUAGGAAGCAGUUCAAUGUUUUCGGAAUAAUUCGGUAAAAAAAAGAGAAAAGAAAAAUGAUGGAAGUAAGCCAAAACAUGGAACUGAAGGAACUCUCCACAGAGGGCGCUUUAAUGCGAUCCCUUUCUUCAGAGCUAGUCAGUGAUGUUGAAACCCUCUCCACCCGUGCGAUUGUCAACGAAUCGAGUAAAACGUCACGGGAUGAAGAUGAUCUUUGUGAGCUGACUAAUGGCGUCGAUUCCCUUAAGACAGUCGAUAAACCGAUUACAGGAUCGGAGCAAGAACGCAAUGCGGGUAGCGAUUUGGAUGCCCUGCUGGACAAAAUAAGCUCCGUUGUGGAUUGUAGUCCCAGAAAUUUGGACGAACUAGAAACAUUCGAUAAGAACGAGGAAUGCGACUCUGCGUCAUUAAAGGAGAAAACAGCUGACGAAAAGCCGACUGAGCUUAGAGAAGAAGAGAGUUUGGAACUUUUACAAAGUAAAGAGGCGGAUUCUGAGAUUCACACUGAGGACACAAGGGAAGAAGGCUUAGAAACUGCCGAACUCGCAACAGAUUCAAAAGAGAAGGUCGACGAUUUAGCAGAGCCCGAAGAACCGAAUAUAGAAAAGACAACCGAGGAUAAUGUCAAAUCAGAAGAGGAAGAAGAUUGCAAAGCACAUGCUGUAGAUAAUAAUGAAAAAGUCAAGGAAAAGUUAAAUACCUCAACGGAUGAUGUGUUUAUGGAUGCUCUUGACAGCAUUUCCAGUUCCGAUGAGUUUGAUGGUUUUGGCUCUCAGGACUCCAAGAAGACAAAGUUAGGCAGAAAGCCAAACCCCGACGACAAACAAACAGGCAACGAUUUGGAAGAGAUUUCCUCAGAUGAUGAAGAUAUCCUUAGAGAUGAAAAAGUAAAACAGGCCGAUGAAACAGAAAAGCCCAAAGAGGAUGUCAUAGAUUUGAACUCGUCGGACGAGUGUAUGGUAACUGAAGUCCCAACGGAGGGCGACAAAAGGGAAGUCAAUACCGAAAAAGUUACUUCAGAGAAAGGUGUAGUGGAAGACAAGGAGAUUGUUAAGGAAAAUAUCCCUGAAGUGCCCGUGGAGGACACCGAAGAUGAUCCUGUUAAAGCUAACGAGGAGGAAGAAAAGUUGACAGAAAUUGAAGACACAACGGAGCUCAGGCCAGUCGAAGAUAAAGAGUCAACGUCAGUCGAAGCGCCUGAAGUGUCCAAGGAAGCGGAUAAACAGAAAGAGGAGACGGAAGCAGAAGAACUAAAAGAUGAAAAGGAAACAGAAGAACCAAAAGAGUUAGAGGUUACAGAAAAGUCGGAAGCGAAAAGCGCAACUACAAAUCCGGAAGAGGGCAAGAAGACAGAAGAACAAGAAGACACAAAGGAAGUAAACGCUCCGGAAGAGGAAAAGCUGAAAGAAAAGUCUAUAGGAGAUCCGGAAGACGAAAAGAAAACAGAAAAGACGGAGGAGCUCAUGGUGGUCGAAGACGAAGUAUCAAAGGAUUCCAAUAAGGAGCCAAAGAUAGAAGUGGAGAUUCAAACUCAAACCCAAGAGGUUAAAAACACCCUUCUGGGGGCGGACAAAGAACAACAGGAAAAGAAGGCGGCAGUGGAUGAACCCGUGGUUAUAUUGGAACAGGAUAAAGCACCAAAGGUGAAUGGGGUCUGUGAAAAGGAAACCGAAGACAAUGAGCAAGGGAAGAAACCUACUGUUGAGAAGGAAGCCAAUGACCCUGAGUCUGAUGAUGAAGUUAUUUUCUUCGAACCCUUAGAUAAAACCAAGAAAGUGGAAACUGACGGAAACCCAAUGAGUGAGAUGUCCGGAAAAACUGAUGGCAAAGACGACGAAGUUGUUCUUGUAUCUGAAGAUGAGGACGAUGAACCGCAAGCCAAGAACCCGGAAAAGAAACCGCUUGAAAGUCAAGAGAAGGAAGCAGCAACUAAAGGACUUUCCAGUGAUUCCACAGAGGAAUCGGCUGCGGUUAAAGAUCUGCAAGUGGAUAAUUCCGACAAUGCGUGUGAUCAGUUUGAGAAACUGAAGACCCACGAUAAGGUUAAGCCCUCUUCCGCCGAUGAUGGAAACAGUAAUUCUAGCAACUUGUUACGGCCUGCCGAGGAUGCCGAGGAAUCGGUAUCAAAGCGUAUGCGCCUUAGCACCGAUGAGCAAAUGGAUGCCGAUCUGGAGACGGUGUUGGAGGCACCCCCGAAAUCCACCUGCGAGGAAAAGGAAAUCGCCAAGCGAAACCAUGAGCAUCUGGACAGUCCUGAUCGGGAGGAGGAGAUACCUAACAAAAAACCUAAGACUGAUGACUCAGACUCAAACAGCUCCACUGAUGGCACACUACAAAUUGAUUUGGAUGAACCGGAGGAUAAAUCAAACGUGAAAUCCGAGAAUUCCCUGAAAUCAGAAGAAGAAAAUGAAGCCAAAUUCGAGCUUAAGCCUGAACCCCAAAUCAAAAAGGAUGUUAAGCCGCUACGCCUGGAGUUCUUUAAAGCCUUCCGGCGGAAUUUCGACACAAUGACCCGCGACAAUCUGGAGGAGCUGGUUCUCCAGAAAGUAGUCGAGGCAAUGCUGGUCAAAAGUGAGUUUGCGGACAUCCGGUUGCAGCUGGACAAAUGCGAAAGCACCCUGGCCACCUACCGACGCAAGAUCGCCGAGGUGUCCAAGCAGUUCCUUGAUCUGGAGACGGUGCACAAGCGGGUGCUUAAGGAUCUGGAGGUCAAGAACAUGCAAUUCACCGCUCCUGUGCGGAUAACGAGGGCCGUUGGUCUCCAGGUGGGCAUACCGUUCAAGGCGAUGAAACCGACGGUUGCUGCUCCGGAUCAGCCGCAUGCUGCAGGCAGUAUGUUGGCGCCACCCAGCGGGACACCACCGAAGGCCAGCACCUCGCCGAUGCGGUCGCCCAUGCGACCCAAGCCACCUGCCCCGUCCUUUGGACCGGGAUCCUCUUCCGGAACGGGUCCAGGUCACAGUACCACUCCAAACCCUAGUCCCCAGCAGCAGCCAGGUCGAUCCACCGCCAAUACUGCUCAAUCCACAGCAACGGCGGCCACUGCCACGCCUCCCGUACGACGGGGUUGCCUGCAGAAGAUAACGCCUCAGCGUCCAGGACCUGGAACUAUUUCGUCCACGCCACCGGUCAACAAUCAGCCAAAUGUGCAACGCCUGCAAGGCUCGUCACCAGGAGGUCAGAGGACCAUGUACGCCUCCAAGCACACCGGAACCACUGCCUCCAUGACGAGUUCGGCUUCCAAUGCGACGGCCGCCGCUAAGGCGACUGCCAUGCGGAACCGGAACCUUUCCCCCGCGUACGCAUCCCAGAAGCAGCAGCCGCAGCAGCAGCAGCAACAGUACCAAACACCUCGCCCUGGUCCCAGUUCCGGUCCUGGUGCAACUCCCGCGAAACAGACGCCCAAAUGCACAACGAAAGUGCGCCCUCAGCAGCCUCCUCUUUCCGGUGCAACAGUUUCGGUGCCCAUGUCAUCUGCCAGCGGCAGUGGAGCGGGAUCCGCAGCCUAUGUGCAGCAGCAGCAGCCCAGCUUAGCACCGGCGAAGCCCAAGGAAAAGGCGGUCAUUGACCUCACGGACGAGGAUGAUGCAGCGGCGGCGGCGGCAGCGGCAGCGAAGGCUGCCCAGGCGAACCAGGCGCAAAUUGAGGCAAAUGCUCGACUUCGCCAGGCGUCCAAUGCGGCUGUAAAGCGGACUGCUCAGGCGGCGGCAGCGGCAAGAGGAGGUCGAGGAGGCGGAAAUGUGGUCCGAGCGUCACCGAUGCAAUUGGGACGUGUGAAUGCCCGACAGUUAGUCCAAAAUAAUGGAGGAGGUCAGCGAAAUUCCGGAGGCUCAAACGUAACCAUGCAGAUCCGUUCGGAGAACACCCCGCCGUCUUCUUCGCGUCUGAGGUACUCUCACCCGGCGCCACUACCCUCGUCUCCUGCCCAACCCUUUAAUGCUGCCUGGAAAAUGCCGCCAUCGCGACCGGUAAUUCGGAUCAGUUUGCUGGACACCGGCAUUGUUAUUUCCUGGACGCUAGAGGAUACCAGUCCACGAUUCGCGGAGUGUGUAACCUACCAGAUCUAUGCAUACCAGGAGACAAUCCACGAGCCCAGCACGGAAAGUUGGCGGCAUGUGGGCGAUGUGCAUGCCAUGCUGUUGCCGAUGGCCGUAACGCUCAACCAGUUCCAGGAGAACCAGAGGUAUUACUUUGCGGUGCGAGGGGUGGACAACCACCAGCGGUUCGGACCGUUCAGUGUACCCAAAACCUGGUCGUAAACGUAUUGUGGCGUGGCCUGUUCCUUAGAAGUAGAUCGUAGCUAUAGAAACCCAAAUGUAAUUUAUUUAUGUACGCAUUUCAAGCUCUUAUACGUUUAUAAAAUUUGAUUGCGUUAAUACGUCGUUUCUCGAAAUUAGCCUGAAUUAUGAGUUAAGUUUUUAGUUUUAUAGAGAUUUUCAAGGGAAUUCUAAGAAGUAAACAUAAUUACGCUAAGCAGCCAAUCCUCUGCAGCUGAAAGUCAGACAGCAACAGUUAAACAAGAUAAUUGUAUUUUAUUCGCAUUAGGUUAUUACUAAUAAUUAAGUUCAAAACUUACAUGAAAUAAUAAACAGCAUUGAAUAAAUAACAAAUGUGAAAAGUAA